AUGCCAUACACCUUCCCUAUCAGCGGCUACAGGAGUCGCAGCUUCGAACGGCGCCGGUUGGAGCUGUACGUCGCGGGGAAGUCAGAUCCUCCCGCAGGCGCCGGGGCAGCCAGUCCGCCACAGCCGUCGCCGGCGGCACCACCACCGCCGCCGCUGCGGCGGCUGCCGUCGCCGCCAGGCUCGCCUUCCUCUCCGCUGCCGUCACCGCCGCCGCCGCCGCCGCCGCAUUCGUACAUGGAGGUCCGCUACCCCUAUGCCCUGGCUGUGCGUCCGUACCAACGACCCGGAGCCUCAGAUCUGGACCCGGCCCUAAUCAUCGAGGACUUCGACAUGUUUGCCGCUGACGUUGCCGCACGUCACGUGGGGCACGUGCCGGACAGCAUGUUGGUGACGGCGUUCCUGGAGCGUCUGACGUGGCACGUGCACCUGAGGCCGGGAGACGGGUUAUUGCCAGUGACGGCGGCGGCGGCGGCGGCUGCUGACGGCGGGCGGCGGCUGCUUGCGCCAGCGCCAGCGCCGACGGACCUUCGUAUGGCGGGGCAGGUGACCUGGGUUGGCCGUAGCAGCAUGGAAGUCCUGCUACAGCUUACGACAGCCGAGGCGGCGGCGGAAGUGGCGGCGGCGGCAGCGGCGGCGGCGGGGACGGCGGCGGGUCCCGCCGCUGCUGGCGGAACCACUGACGGGUUGUCGCCCUCGACACAGUCCUCAAUACUGCCGCCGCAUCCGCCACAUCCGUUGGUGGCGCUGCCGCGCGGCCACUUGGUCGCGACGGCGGAAUUCGUGAUGGCGCUAAGGGACAGAUCCCUCCGCCGCGCCGUGGAUGUGCCGCCGCUGCACCCGCGGGACGAAUUGGAGCGGGCGCUGUUUCAGCGGGGCCGCGAGCACCAGCGCCAGCGGCAAGCCAGGAGAGAUCGAGAACACCGCGACGUUGCGACGGCGACUCCGGGCCCUGGCAAGGCGGCAUCGCCGUUGCGUGACGGCGGCGGCGGCGGCGCCGGCGCGCCGGCGGGAGAGGACUUGGCGGAGCCUCAACUGGCGCGGAUGCUGUACGACAACAUCCUUUCGUCUGAGUUUGCACGUUCAAUUCCUACGGAUGCGGAGGGGUUACGAGUACUGGAACCGGAUUCAGCGCUGGAUCCGCCGCUGGGACAGGAUCCGGAUUUGGAGCAAGGGCAGGCUGCGAGGGCGCCGCCGUCGGACGCGCCGGAUUGCAUAAGGCCCGCUAAACGGCCUCGGGUGAAUGACGGGGAAAGACGUGUAGACGAUGCCGCCAGCGGCGGCGGUAACCACGUGACUGGCGAGUUCCGUGACUCCGCCAUUGCCGCUGCCGGCGCCACUAGUACGGCCGCAUUGGCGACGCCAAUUCGCCACACAGAGGUGCACCGUACCGUCAUUGCGGAGUUCCAAGACCGGAACACCAGCGGCACCGUGUUUGGUGGCCAUCUGCUGCGUUUGGCGUACGAGCACGCGGCGACGGCGGCGGCGUCGUUCGCCGGCGGGCCCUGCGAGUUGCUGUGGAUGGAGGAGGGAGCCAUCAGCGCGCCUGCGCGGGUAGGCGACAUGCUGCACGCCGUCGCAAGGGUGGUGUGGUCCGAGCCCGGCGGCCGGGCGCUGCGUGUCGUCGUACGGGUGGGGAAGUACGAUGUGUCGGCGCCUGCACAGCACGUAUUGGCAUUGACGCUGACGGCGGCGUUCCUUGCGCCGCCGCCAGCGGCGGCGGCGACGGCGGGGGAUUCGGGAAGGGCGACGCAUGGAAUGCAGUCGGGAUUGUGUGGCGUGGUGCCGACGACGCUGAUGGAGGCGGGCGAGGCCCUGGCGGCGCAGCGGAGGCAUGAGGCUGCCAUGGAGGCUUUGGCCGCGGCGGAAGAAGAAGCGGCGGAUGGACACCGAAGCGGCGCCGCCACCAGCGGCUGA